CAAUAAUGAAGGUGGCUGCGGCGCGGCAGCGGACUCAGCUGCGCCGGGCGGGGGCGGCGCCGGGACCGCGCCUGUAGGACCUCGGGGCCGGCGCGGCGAGAUGGGGCCCCGGCGCGGGGAGUGAGGCGGCCGCGACGGCGAGCGGAACUUCAGCCGGAGGGGCUCUCCUGCUUCCCCCUCUGGCUCUUCGGCCUCCACCUGCAGCCCCUCGGCCCCCGCGUCCCGCGGGACCGGGACGGCAACGGCGGGGGCAUGUGGCGCUGGGUCCGGCAGCAGCUGGGUUUUGACCCACCACAUCAAAGUGACACAAGAACUAUUUACAUAGCCAACAGGUUUCCUCAGUAUGGCCUUUACACACCUCAGAAAUUUAUAGAUAACCGCAUCAUUUCAUCUAAGUAUACUGUGUGGAAUUUUGUUCCAAAAAAUUUAUUUGAACAAUUCAGAAGAGUGGCAAACUUUUAUUUUCUUAUUAUAUUUUUGGUUCAGCUUAUGAUUGAUACACCUACCAGUCCAAUUACCAGUGGACUCCCGUUAUUCUUUGUGAUAACAGUAACUGCCAUAAAGCAGGGAUAUGAAGAUUGGUUAAGACAUAACUCAGAUAAUGAAGUAAAUGGAGCUCCUGUUUAUGUUGUUCGAAGUGGUGGCCUUGUAAAAACUAGAUCAAAAAACAUUCGGGUGGGUGAUAUUGUUCGAGUAGCCAAAGAUGAAAUUUUCCCUGCAGAUUUGGUGCUUCUGUCCUCAGAUCGACUUGAUGGUUCUUGUCACGUUACAACUGCUAGCUUGGAUGGAGAAACUAACCUGAAGACCCAUGUGGCAGUUCCAGAAACAGCAGUAUUACAGACAGUUGCCAAUUUGGACACUCUUAUAGCUGUGAUAGAAUGUCAGCAACCAGAAGCAGACUUGUACAGAUUCAUGGGACGAAUGAUAAUAACUCAACAAAUGGAAGAAAUUGUAAGACCUUUGGGGCCAGAGAGUCUCUUGCUUCGUGGAGCCAGAUUAAAAAACACAAAAGAAAUUUUUGGUGUUGCUGUGUAUACUGGAAUGGAAACUAAGAUGGCAUUAAAUUACAAGAGCAAAUCACAGAAACGAUCUGCAGUAGAAAAGUCAAUGAAUACCUUUUUGAUAAUUUAUCUAAUAAUCCUUAUUUCUGAAGCCAUCAUCAGUACUAUCUUGAAAUAUACAUGGCAAGCUGAAGAAAAAUGGGAUGAACCUUGGUAUAACCAAAAAACAGAACAUCAAAGAAAUAGUAGUAAGAUUCUGAAAUUUAUUUCAGACUUCCUUGCUUUUUUGGUACUCUACAAUUUCAUCAUUCCAAUUUCAUUAUAUGUGACAGUUGAAAUGCAGAAAUUUCUUGGAUCAUUUUUUAUUGGCUGGGAUCUUGAUCUCUAUCAUGAAGAAUCAGAUCAGAAAGCUCAAGUCAAUACUUCUGAUCUGAAUGAAGAACUUGGACAGGUGGAGUAUGUGUUUACAGACAAAACUGGUACACUGACCGAAAAUGAGAUGCAGUUUCGGGAAUGUUCAAUUAAUGGUAUAAAAUACCAAGAAAUCAGUGGUAGACUUGUAUCUGAAGGACCAACACCAGACUCUUCAGAAGGAAACUUAUCUUAUCUUAGUAGUUUAUCCCAUCUUAACAACUUAUCCCAUCUUGCAACCAGUUCCUCUUUUAGAACCAGUCCUGAAAAUGAAACUGAACUAAUUAAAGAACAUGAUCUCUUCUUUAAAGCAGUCAGUCUCUGUCACACUGUGCAGAUUAGCAGUGUUCAGACUGAUGGAAUUGGUGAUGGUCCCUGGCAAACCAACCUUGCACCCUCCCAGUUGGAGUACUAUGCAUCUUCACCAGAUGAAAAGGCUCUCGUGGAAGCUGCUGCAAGAUUCGGCAUUGUAUUUAUUGGCAAUUCUGGAGAAACUAUGGAAGUUAAAACACUUGGAAAACUGGAACGGUACAAACUGCUUCAUAUUCUGGAAUUUGAUUCAGAUCGUAGAAGAAUGAGUGUAAUUGUUCAGGCACCUUCAGGUGAGAAACUUUUAUUUGUUAAAGGAGCCGAAUCAUCAAUUCUCCCGGAAUGUAUAGGUGGAGAAAUAGAAAAAACAAGAAUUCAUGUAGAUGAAUUUGCUUUGAAAGGGCUAAGAACUCUGUGUAUGGCCUAUAGAGAGUUUACACCUAAAGAGUAUGAGGAAAUAGAUAGACAUUUAUUUGAAGCCAGGACUGCCUUGCAGCAACGGGAAGAGAAAUUGGCAGAUGUCUUCCAGUUCAUAGAGAAAGACCUGAUAUUACUGGGAGCUACAGCAGUAGAAGACAAACUACAAGAUAAAGUUCGAGAAACUAUUGAAGCAUUGAGAAUGGCUGGUAUCAAAGUAUGGGUACUUACUGGAGAUAAACAUGAAACAGCUGUUAGUGUGAGUUUGUCAUGUGGACAUUUUCACAGAACCAUGAACAUCCUUGAACUUAUAAACCAGACGUCAGACAGUGAAUGUGCUGAAAAGUUGAGGCAGCUUGCCAGAAGAAUUACAGAGGACCAUGUGAUUCAGCAUGGUCUGGUGGUGGAUGGGACCAGUCUGUCUCUUGCACUCAGGGAACAUGAAAAACUAUUUAUGGAAGUUUGUAAAAAUUGUUCAGCUGUAAUGUGCUGUCGUAUGGCACCACUGCAGAAAGCAAAGGUAAUAAGACUGAUAAAAAUCUCACCUGAGAAGCCUAUAACAUUGGCUGUUGGCGAUGGUGCUAAUGAUGUAAGCAUGAUACAAGAAGCACAUGUUGGCAUAGGAAUCAUGGGUAAAGAAGGAAGACAAGCUGCAAGGAACAGUGACUAUGCAAUAGCUAGAUUUAAAUUUCUCUCCAAAUUGCUUUUUGUUCAUGGUCAUUUUUAUUAUAUUAGAAUAGCUACCCUUGUACAGUAUUUUUUUUAUAAGAAUGUGUGCUUUAUCACACCCCAGUUUUUAUAUCAGUUCUACUGUUUGUUUUCUCAACAAACAUUGUAUGACAGCGUGUACCUGACUUUAUACAAUAUUUGUUUUACAUCCCUGCCUAUUCUGAUAUAUAGUCUGUUGGAACAGCAUAUAGACCCUCAAGUGUUACAGAACAAGCCCACUCUCUAUCGAGACAUUAGUAAAAACCGUCAACUAAGCAUGAAAACAUUUCUUUAUUGGACCAUCUUGGGUUUCAGUCAUGCCUUUAUUUUCUUUUUUGGAUCCUAUUUUCUAAUAGGGAAAGAUACAUCUCUGCUUGGAAAUGGCCAGAUGUUUGGAAAUUGGACAUUUGGUACCUUGGUCUUCACAGUCAUGGUUAUUACAGUCACAGUAAAGAUGGCUUUGGAAACUCAUUUUUGGACCUGGAUCAAUCAUCUUGUUACCUGGGGAUCUAUUUUAUUCUAUUUUGUAUUUUCUUUGUUUUAUGGAGGGAUUCUCUGGCCAUUUUUGAGCUCCCAGAAUACGUACUUUGUAUUUAUUCAGCUCCUGUCAAGUGGUUCUGCUUGGUUUGCCAUAAUUCUCAUGGUUGUUACAUGCCUAUUUCUUGAUAUUGUGAAGAAAGUAUUUGACCGACAGUUUCAUCCUACAAAUAUUGAAAAGGCACAGCUUACUGAAACAAAUUCAAGUAUCAAGUGCUUGGACUCCAUGUGCUGUUUCUCAGAAGGAGAAACAGCGUGCGCAUCUGUUGGAAGAAUGCUGGAACGAGUAAUAGGAAGAUGUAGUCCGUCCCAUGUCAGCAGAUCAUGGAGUGCAUCGGAUCCUUUCUAUACCAACGACAGGAGCAUCUUGACUCUCUCCACAAUGGACUCGUCUACUUGUUAAAGGGGCAGUAGUACUUUGUGGGAGCCAUUUCAACUCCUUUCCUAAAAUUCAGUGUGAUCAUCCUGGUAAUGGCCACACUACCUCUGCGGAAUUACUUUCUGAAAUCUCUGGAGUAGUUCAUACCCACUCAGAGUUAUAAUGGCAAACAAACAAAAAGCAUUGCCAUGCACCCCUGUCAGCCGCCCUCUUAAUUUAAAUCUGAACAUGUUAAAAUUUAUGAAUAAAGAGACAUUUUUCAUCUCUUUAUCUGGGUUGUCCCCGUGUGCCUACGGGACUCCCAGUGGCAUUUCAGCCUUCUGCUAAGGCCACUAAAUAUUUUAACAUCAAGGUAGAAAAGGGAGCUAAUUCCUAGUUAAUUGUAUUUUUUAGUAUGGCUUGGUUAUUGAGUCUUCUGUUUAAAUCUGCCUCUAUAAAUUAUGCUGAAAAGUUUGCCUUGAAAACUCUAUUUUUUUAUUAGAGUUAUAUUUGAAACUUUUCAUGGGAAAAGUUAAUGUGAAUAGUAAGGAAUUUGGUCCCUCAGUGACCCAUGUUUGUUCAUUCAUUAGUGCUUUCUAAGUUCACAGAGCAAAUUAGGAGAAUGCAUUUCCAACCAUUAUUUACUGCAGUAUGGGUAGUAAAUAUAUACCAGUACCAAAACUUCUCUAAAUGUACUGUAACACAACCAGUUAAGUUAGCCAUAUACAUGCAAAGGGUAUAUCAUAUCUUACCUAUAAAUCAGGAAUCAAGUCCAUUCACCAAAUUUCAAAUUGAUGUUUACUAUUUUUGUGACAAUGUAAAGAACCUAUAGUGGGUAAAUUAGACACCAUUAGCAUAUUAUUAUUUAAUGUGUUUAUCAUUGGAUUUUUCGCAUGCUUUAAUCUGGUUAAUAUAUUUAAAUUUGCUUUUUUGUCUAUCUGAAGGCUCUGUGUAUAGUAUUUUACGACACUGUUGUAAAUUCAACUAUAAUCAAUAAAAAACCAGUUUGAAAACUAUUUAAAUAUUGCAAAUACUUUUAAUUAUACAAAUCAAAAUAUUAGGAUAAUUAAAUCAAUAAAAUGAGAAGAGCCUCUUUCAGUAACUAGCUCAGAAUUGCUCUUGCUUUUCAGUAAGCUAGCUUUUAGAAUAAAGAAUUUCAGGUGAGAAUCCUGUUAUUUUUAGGUUAGUAUAUGUUAUCUAACUUACAGCAGACUACUACAGUGAAGUGAAAUCUGCCCAGUGUCCCAUUAUAAGGUGUGGCUAUAGAAUGUAAAUGAAGCAAAGUUUAAAAUGCUAAAUUAUAUGGGGUAAUGGCUGCAUUAAAUUUAAAUGCUAAAAAUAAUUAAUCAGGUGUGUAUUACUGCUGUUAACUCACUGCAGUUCAGUACUUGAUUUUCAUCCUGAGUUUAUCAUGUAGAUCCAGUGUUGUCUUUUGUUUUGAUAAAAAGUAAUGUUUUAAAACUUGGAAAUGAUUAUUAAAGAACUGUUACUCAUCUCUAAGCAUAUUAUUGUGUACAUAUACAUUCAAAAUUGUAUGGAAAUGGUUAAGUAAGGUGUUGCCAAAAUUUUCCCUGGAGAAUAUGAUAAUUCCUUUCUGUAGGUUUAUUGCACAACCCUCCACCCCUUUCCCAUUUCAUGAAUAUAAGACUUCUGGAAUUGGGCUGGUAGGGGAAGAAUGGUAGAAUUAAGACUUUACCUUUGUUCACUGGCAAACUGUUUUCUUGCUAAUAUAACAUUUGUCUCUUUCAAUAAUGCAAGGAUACUAGGUUAUGAAUUUCAGCCUAAAUAUUAAUUUUCAUAAAUAGCCCUUUUUUAACUUAGAUUGAGUUUAGGAAGACAGUUGUCCUGCAAAUACAGUAAAGGGAUAAUAAAAUGUACAGUGUGUACCCUUACCAGCUCAUGUUCCAGAAGAGGAAAUAUUGCAGAAAAUAUUCAGUAGAGUAUUAGUGGAGAAUAAUACAGAAUUUGCUUUUUCUUAGAAUGUCUUAUAAAAUGUUCAUAUAACAAAAUGACGUUCAGUAGCCCUGCAUUACAUCUACCGUACAGUGUUUAUUUGCCAUCAGUUUAACUGACUACUAACACUAGGGAAGGACUGCAAAGCCAUCAAGCAGUCUCGGACCAACUACAGCAAGGCAUGAGGUCAGCUAGCCUAUAUGGUGCUCAAGGUGUGAUUGGUGCAAUUUUCUGCGUUCAGUAUUUGAAGUUAUGUAGGAAUUUUAUAUCUGAAAAAAGUUAAUAGCAUCCGCUGACAUGCUUCUCCUAGUCUGUUGUUCAAAACCUACUCCAUUUAAAGGAAGAUUAUCUUGUAAGAGAGGGGUUUUCUUCUGUUUAUUUAAGAAAAUAACUGUUGUCUACAAACUUGCAGUAGUUUUCUAGUGCUAAAUUUUCAUAUUGUAAAACUAUUACUGCAUAAUGAGUAAUCAGAAAUUUUCUCCCUUGCAUACUUCUUUAAAAUUCUUUGGAAAGUAUGAUGUUGAUAAUUAACUUACUCUUAUCUGCCAAAACCAGGGUACGAUGCUACAUGUGUUACUGCUAGUUAGUGGUCUCAAAUCUAUUUGCCUCACUUGCUUGCUUUUGCCUAGCCUGAAGCCUGUAGCCCUGAAGAUAGCAGCAAGCACCAAGUCAGUUUCCAAAAUUGCCUUUCAGCUGCUUUAGGUGACUCAGCACCCUGCCUCAGCUUUAGCAAGCAUUAGGCUCACCCCAGAAGGAGUAGAAUGUGGGCCAGGAGAACUAUAGCUACCCAGCCUUUCUGUGAGGUUGAGAAGAAAAAAGGGGAGAAUUUAGUUUGAAUUUCUCUUAACUAGCCUCCUCCUUGGGUCUUAAUCUCCCUGAGGUCCAAAGGCUUCCCAGACCUGAUCCAAACUCUGGCACUGUCCUGAGUAGGAGGUUAAACAGAGGCAAAUCAUCCAGUUAGGGAAUACCUUACUCAGACCAGGGUCGUUUCUACUGCAUUAAGAUUGUGAAAUUGGGCUUCUGUGGUAAGCUUCAGACUCCUAUCUGAUGGGCAGGAGUCAUGGCCACUAAAAAAUUUAUAAUUAAUACCAAAACUUUUUAACAUAUGCUGCUCUGAAAAUUUAUUGGGGACUGGGCAGAAAGGGAAAAUCAUCCAUGUUUAUGUUUUUCCUGUAAAUAUCAAUUUGGAGUAUGAUACAAGCAGGCAUUAAUAAAACUAACACACCAAAGAGUUAUGUAAAACAUGUUUUAUUAAUUUUGGUCCCCCUUUAGAGACAUUUUUAUUUCUAUCCUGAUGAGUCAUCUAUUUUCAUAAAAAUAGAACAUUAUUAAAGUGCUGUUUAUGUGAGAUAACCUGAAUGAUAUUCCUGCAAAAAAUAGAUCAUAACUAAUGAUAUGUUUGUAAUAAUGGUGACUUAGAUUUUUAUGAAUAAUUAGUUGGAAAUACUGUCACAACACUCAGUUUAAAAUUUUGGACCUCAGACACUGUGGCUGUCUAAUAUCUAAAUUAUCUGCAUUGUCAGUAAAUGUAGUAUACCUAUUGUACAGCUCUCAGUAAUUUUUUAAAGUUUAUGAAAUUAUAUUUAUCAAAUAAAAAUUUUCCUUUGUAA